CCUCCCCCGGUCACACCUCGAACCUCGAAUCUCGAACUGCAAACUUCAUCUCCCUGAACAGACGUGGACUGCCACCGUGUCCUCCAGGCCAGCCAGCCAGUAGAACCUUGCAUUUCAUACCCUCAUAAAGCAAACCACUUGUUCAGCAUCCUCUUAUAUAGCAUCGCAUACUCUCUCGCCUUGUUCCAGCGAUCAUUUUUCCUUCAAUUCCUACUGCACUAUCACACUUCUCCUCUCAUCUCUCUUAAAGCAGAUAUACAUCAUGGCAUCAUCCACCCUCGAUGCGAUCCUCAAGAAGUACACCGCCGCCGGCGACGACACCAAAGACAAGGUCCUCGGCGCCGCCUUCACCGUCGUGAACCAAGAAGGAAUCCUGUACAGCGGCUCAGCAGGCCGCAUUGACUUCGCCGAUGACGCGCGCUCCUGGGAUGCCGACACCUUCACCUACGUCGCCUCCCUGACCAAGCUCAUCACUUCCACUGCCGUCAUGCAGCUUGUCGAACGGGGCCUCGUCGGCCUCGACGACGACAUGCGGGCCGUGGUGCCCCAGCUCGCGCGCAUGCAGAUCCUCCGCGGCUUCGACGGGGACGAGCAGCCGAUCCUCGAAGACAACACUACGCCCAUCACGCUGAGGUACGUCGAACGAGGAUGACGCCCCAACAGCCGUUCGUCCCCACAUCUACACAUCUCUACUGACACCUCCCUGUGAA